AUGGCGGGAGUCGUCGUCCGCCACCCAGCAGCAGUGCAAGAGCACACAUACAGCCACGACGACGACGACGAACGCCACCAUCAUGAUGCCGGUGAUGGCAGUGAUGACAACGGCGGCGGAACGAGUCAUCAUCGCCCACCGUUUGCUGCUGCACGAUUCAAACCAGCCGCCGCCCUCGUCGAGUCGUCCGCGCUCAUCAACCAGAUCGUCGCGUCCACUGCGCAGAUGCUCAUGGCAACGCAUCAGUCGAGCCAACUGCUGCAGACAGACGAGCGGUACAGGCUCAUCAGUCCCGAAGCCCUGGAUGCGCUGCGCCGAAUGAUUGGGCGGCCGGUUUCAAGCACAUCAUCCAGCCAAGCCACGGGGACGUUGCCAUCCUCAUUGAUGACAAAGACCCAGCCCAACAAGUCACUCGUGCGUCAUACUGCUCAAUGGAACAGCAGCCAGGCGGAGGAAGGCGGUGACGACGACGCGACAGAGGACGCUGCGAUCGCCCAGUUGCGAGCCAGCCAGCAACCAGACGCGAUUCUCUAUGACACUGUCAACGACCAGUCCGUGUUUCCCCUUGCAUUGAACGAGAAGCUCCUCAUUCUCACGCUCGAGCGCUGUCAAGAUCGGUACGAGCGCGCUUGCAAGUACUUUGAGACCGAGCGCGCCGCCUUGCUCAAACAGAAGGCCGAGCUGCAGCAGCGUCUCUGGCAGGAAGAAAAUCCCGAACUCUCGCAGCAACCGCCAUCUCCCGACGCGUUUGUGGAUUUGGGUUUGCGCCGAGGCGACAGUCAAGGCAAGGGUCGGUCCGCAUCCUCCUUUCGCCGCUUGUCCCGGGCUGGAUCGCUUGACGAGCAUGGAUGGAAUGGCGUUGAGGAAGACUCCAACGCUGGCCAAGUUCGUGAAGUUCGAGCGGCAUACAAUACCCUGCUGCUGGACAUGAUUGACCGAUUGUACAUUGCACAGUUUGAAACGACCGUGUGUCUGGCCGUGCAGGCAGUGUAUCGGACAAAGCUCGAGCGGUUUCGGCGACAGCACGUCGACUUGGAAGUCUCGUUGCGGCAGGCGUACGCACAUCUCAAGCUUCUCUCCCGAACCAACGUCGCCGUCAUUCCUGAAUCUCACAGCGUAUUUGGCGCCAUCGACGCUAGUCUUGCAGCCAUUCAAGCGGACGAGUCUGCGAUUGGCAUUGCGAGCAAAGGGGAGUUUGACGUCGCGUAUCGGCAAGCGCCCACCGGUCAAUCCAUCGGUCAAAGUGACGCUGGUUCUUCAACAACACCUGCAACAUCGGGAAGUACUGCUGCGGAUGUCGAAGAAGUCAACCAAUACCUAUUUGAGUUCAAGAAGGCAGUCUUUGAAGAACGGCAGCGCUCGGCUUCGAUGAGCGAAGAGCUGCAGCUUCAACAGGAGGCGCUCAAGCAGUUGCAGGCCCAGUUCGAGCAAUCUGAGCGGGAGCGGUCGUUGCUUGCCGCAUCCAACGCUCAACUCGAGCGAAAGUUGGCUGCGUUCGCAGUGACCCCUUCGGCAACGGCCGUCAACGACCAGUUGGUCCCCAAAUGGUCGCUUCAGCCUCUUGCUCUGCAAGACUCUGCUCCUUCAACGCCUGCACAUUUGCUGCGCCAGCAAGCGACGGCCUUUGUUCUUCCCGUCACUCCGUCUGUUCCGGUUUCCCAAGGCCCGCGCAGUACCUACUCUGCUCCGCUCAAGGCACGGUCCCCCGAAGAAGAGUUUGACAUUACCGAUCAGCAACCAACAGCAGCGGCAUCUUUUGUCAAUGUUUCCGAUGAUGCUGGACCACCGACAGUUGCACCCGUCUUGGACUACCAGACGGUGGCCGUCUUCAAUGCCGAUUCGGAUGUCACUGCCGGCUACGCUUCACAAAUGACGAACGUGCAGUUUGCUCAGCCCUUGCAAGCUUUGUCACUUUCGAAUCGACUUGAAUCGCAGCAGUCCUUGAAUCGACUCGAAUCGUUGCAGCAGUCUGAAGCGAGUGUUGCAACCGCUUCCCUGCAGUCUGCAAGAGCGCAGGCAUGGACAGAGGAGCGCUCUGCCACCAUCGCACGCUUGUACACCCUCGAAGAGCAGUUGCGAGUUGCAAAUCAGUCCGACAUGGCCAAGCGAGUGGCCGUCGCCAAGCGGCUUGUUGUGAGCAAUUGCCACACGGAUAGCGUUGUGUCUCCAUCAUCAUCAUCCAGUGCGGCCCAGCAGUUGCCGUUGCGUCCGACAUUGCCCGCACAGCAGCAACGGCGGUUGGUGCUUUCCAGCGUGUCUGGCAUCUCUGCAAAUGCACCACCCGCUUCCGGCGGGUUGUCGAUUUCCCAGCUUUCGCAUGUUUCGCAAGCAUCUCCACCAGUUGAACGACCAUCACGACCCCCGCGGCAGGUUUCCCUCGCUCGUUCACGAAUACAGGUAGCAGUCAUACCAGCGAGCAUGGAAAUCGCGCACCGAGUGCAGACCCCCGCUCUUGUGCGAAGCUCCAUUCGCGGGUUCUCUGCCCGACCACCAGCCGCGCACGCGGUUUCAGUCCAGUCCACUUUGACAGCUCUCGAUAUGGAUCGAGCGUCCAUUGCCGAAAGCCUACAAGUGUCCCGAUUGAAGCACGCCGCGGCAUCUUCUCAAGCUGCGGUGACUCAGCUAACGACUCAGGUUGAGGAACGCGAUGCUGAAAUAAUCGCCUUGAAACGUUCGAAUGCCGAGCUGCAGCGUGGCCAGGAAGUCCUGCUUCCUGUUGUGUCGUCGAGUCCUAGAUGGCCGGAAUCCGAGGUUCCGUCUCCCGCUCUGAACGGUUCUGCUGUGUCUCCUCCGAGCUCAGUGUCAAACGCUGCUCUCACCCCCGCCGUCAUGACUCUUAGUUCCGCUUCUUCCACGAGUGUGGCGUCGACCUCGGCUCCGUCGUCAUCAACAAGCGAAACCGCGCCGGGAGAACGACGCGUCCCGUCCUCCGUAACCAUCUCUUCUUCGUUGCACGACAGCCCAGCCCGGUGGGGCGUACAAAGUGGCUUGUUUGUGAUGGACGAGUUCGAGAUGGUGUCACCGCCGGAUGAAGCUCCGGAUGCAUCGUCGGGCCCUCGUCCAGCAGUCGGAGCGGUUCAGCAUCCCCAAGCCCUGCAACAGCAAACAGCCUCGCUGCCGAAUCUAAUUCCUGUCACAACGUCUGUGUCCUCUCCAAACAUUGCUGCUGCCUCUGGUGUCCCGAGCGCGGCGGCAGCCCCUGCGACGGAUGCUCGCGCGGAAGAAGCUUUCCGAGCAGAGCUGGACGAUGCACAACUCAAGCUGACCAGGCUCACAGAGCAGUUACAAGCUGCAGCAACUCAGGCGUCUGUCAACGAUGCUCUAAUCGUGAAUCUUAAAAGCGAUCUUCAACGCACCCAACAGCAACACCAGUCCGCUAGUGAAGCAUUGGGGCAAACAGAGUGUGAGCUGCAGCGCGCGACGGAAGCACAGGCCGCUCUCGAGCUCGAAAAGCGUAAUUUGGCCUCGCAGCUGUCAGCGCUUGAGCAGAAUGAGCAAGUCUAUCAACAGCAGCACUUGCAAGAUCAGCAGCGCCAACGGCAACUCACCCAAGAGUCACGCACACAUCAAGAGUUGCUGGCGCAAAAAGACCAGCAGAUUGCCUCCCACCUCCACGACCUGGAUCAACAGACACGAAUGGCCGAGCGCCAGGGAGCAGAACACCUUCGCUUGCGACAACAGCUCCAAGAGCUCGAACAGCGCAGCAGCAGCAGCCCACCUGCUCCACUUGGACGAUCUGCUAUUCGUAGCUUUUCGAAUCCGCCUCGCGCUGUCACUAAUCGCACGACUCAAGCCGCUGGCUUGACACCCCAAGCGGACAAGUCAAUUCAAGCGCAGCCUUUCACAGCGAUUGCAAAACCUGUGGCGUUGUCGGGCAUUUCGAUCGUGCAUGCAUCUACUGCAGUCAGUGGCUCUGAUUCCGGCGUUCAAACAAGCCAGCCACCCAGAGCGGACAAGUCAGUUCAAGCGCUGCUUCCCACACCGAUUGCAAGACCUGUGGCGUUGUCAGGUGUUUCAAUCGUGCGUGCAUCUCCUGCAUUGUCUGAUAGCUUUGCGCAGACGGAAUCGACAGAGCCAACUACGACUCUUCUGUUCGUCUCUCCAGUUGCAACCGUCGCAGCCCCGAUGGUUUCCGGUCGCACGAUUGGCACGAACGUUGUGCGGUCGUCCGUCUUUGUCGCUCAUGCGCUGCCUUUGGCCGCGUCCGAGACUGCAACGACCGGCAUUCCACCGACCGCAACGACUGCAAACUCGAUCGAAAUGCAAACACUUCGAACCAUGUGCUCUGAUGCGACCAACAUGCUUCAAGUUGCGGAGGAUCGGAUUGUCGCCUUGUCGGCGCAAGCUGACGCAGAGAAGGCACGCAUCCGUACUCUCGAGUUGCAACAAGCGGAAUUACAGCGCGAUUUGAAUGAGUUGACACUCGAGCAUGCGGCUUUGCUUCAGACCAAGCUGGCUGGUGAUGCCGAGCUUGCGCACAGCCGCGACCGUAUUGCCCAACUGCUUGCCGCUGUACCCGAGUCGUUAAGCUCUGCACCGCCUCCACCUGGGCGCGAGGUUGUGUUGAACCUGUCUCUGAUUCAACAACAGUCAAUCCCGCCGCCGUUGCCGCUUCCGGCUUCUGUGAGCAGCGCUCCUACUCCUGCCCCCGUUGCGCCAACGCAACAGCUCGCCAGCGAAUCCAAGCCGCUCUCCUCUCCGGUACCAUUGCCGUCUGCGUUGUCGAGUUCCCCGUUGGCUGUGGGUGGCAUGAUUGACCAGCAGCAGCAACAGCACCAGCAACAGCAACAGCAACAGCUGCGAGAGGCGCUUGCCGCAACCCGUCGCCAAUCGAGCCAACUGGCUUCAGAUCUGCUGGCAAAGCAGCAAGAGAUAGCAUCAACAAGCACAUUUGUUGCAUCUUUACAACGUGAAAAGCGCGCCAGCGAUUCACGUCAACAACAACAGCAGCAGCAGCAGCAGCAACCCCUUCUUGUUGGACGCGCUGUUGCACUCUCGGUAUCAGCGCUGACCUCCGCAACAGCCGCUUCAGCUCCUAUCCCUGUGCCUAUGCACGAGGUGCCCGCUCGUCCGGCCACGCUGGAGUCUAUUCCCAAUCAAGUGCAUCCGCUCGUUUCUCCCGUGCCUACGACCAUUCCCCACUCCUUGCCGUCAAACCAAGUCGCUCUAGCCGGUUUGACUCGAGAUGUACGUGACAAAGGCACACAAAGCUAUUUGCUGCCACAGCCCGUGAGUGCUCUGUCGAAUUCCGCUUCGACCACCGCAAUCUCCGCUGCAACCAACUCCAACGCCACUGUCGCUCUCAUGCCUGCUCCUUUCUCUCGGCGACUUGUAUCUGUGGAGAUGUCAACCAUUUCGACCGCUGAUGCGAGACCUCCUUCUGAACCGGCGCCAGCUCUGGCCGUUCUUGCUCAUAGUGCCAUUGAAACCACGCAUGCCUUGAGCGUUGCUUCCGACCCGCCCAAGGUUGCUCGUGCAAGGGGGGUUCAAGUUGACAUUGCCCAUCGUAGCACGACGGAAGCAACUGCUGGUCACCUGUCUGAAGGCGAGCUUGCCAUUCGCGAGUUAGCCGAAGCGCGGCAGGACAUUGAUCUGUUGAGCAGAGAGCGGGUCGAGCUCGUCGGCCAGAUCAAACUGCUGGAAGCGUCCGUUUCUUCGUUGACACUGGCGCUAACCGAGUCCAACCAGCGUGCGCUUGCUGCCCAGGCGGCGCACCGUCAAGAACAGCAAGCCAAGCAGCAGCAGCAAGAACAGCAAGCCAAGCAGCAGCAGCAGCAGCAACAACAACAACAACAGCAGCAGCAGCAGCAGCAGCAACAGUCGUCUGACGAAACACACGCCCUCCUUGAUAAUUCGCGUCAAAUGGAGGCACACGUGCAGCAGAUUCAGGCUCUGGAGCUCAGCGCUCGGCAACAAGCUCAGCACAGCCAGGAGCAAGCUCAGAUCCAAGCGCACCUGCUCGAGGAGAAGAAUCAACAGCUUUUGCAACUGCAAGAGCAGCUUCGCUCCAAUGCCCAGCAACUGCAACAACUCCAGGCGGAACUGACAAACUGCUCCGCUCUGCUGCAAGCCAAGGAGCAGCAGCUGCAGCAACUUCACGUCGAGACUCUCUCCAAGUUGCAACUCAAAGACCAGCAAGUGCAGCAGCUUCAGAUCGACUUGCAAAAUCACGCGUUCAAGAUGCAAACAAAAGAGCAGCACGCUCAAGACUUGCAGUAUCAGCUUGCGCUUCACGAGUCGAAAUUCGCUCAUCAACAGCAACUCCAGCUGCAAGCACAAGAGCAGCACGCUCAAGAGUUGCAAAACCAGCUUGCGCUCCACGAGUCGAAACUAGCUCAUCAACAGCAGCUACAAGUCCAAGCAAAGAAGCAAACGCCGAUGGCGCCUUCGAUCACCCUACCUACCAGCACUCCAGCUGCACCUGCCGCCGUGUCCGCGCCACAGCAACUCGACACGCGAAACCAGCUCGAAAUGCAACUUGUUCUAGCCGAGCGAGAGCGGACUGCGUUGCAAGAUCGGCUUCGCGCAUUGGAGCGCGAACUGGACAACGUUCGCCAAGUUGCUUCUUCACGCGAGGCCGAGCUGGCUCGCGCCACUGUGCAAUUCCAGCAGCAAAUCAACACACUGAAUCAGCAACUGGCCCAGACAAAUGCGCGCUUGAUCAAUGACCUGAAGGAGGCUGCAGCCCAAGCAACCCUUGCCACCACGCGACACGCCGAUGAUCGUAAACAACUGGUCGCUCAGGUGGAAGCGCUCCGUUCGAGCAGCGUGUCGGCCGAAGCAAACUUUUCCUUGCGCAUGCAGCAGCACGUGAGUUCCGCAACACAGGAAGUAGCUCGCAUCAAGUCCGAACUCGAUCGAGCAAACGAACGGAUGCGCAGCAGCGAGGAAGCGCUCAAGGCUGAGAUGGCGUCGCAGCCCGUCCGCAUUCGCGAGGCAGAGGCCCGCGCCGCAGCCGAGGCGAGUCACCAAGCAGGCCUUGCCCGCCAGCAGAUUGAAGCUGGACUGCGCAGCAUUUUCUCUUCGUUUGCCUCCCAUCCGCUGCUUCGCCAGUCCAUCGCCAUGGCGUCUGGUCUGGCAUCUGCCUUCCCGCCGCACUCUGGCACCGGCAUGAAGGAGUCGCCGCCGUUGUGGAUUGCCACACUUGCAGAUGCCUGCUCGCAGUGUCUGCGCCAGCUCGAUCAAUCCACAACCGAAGUGUCCGUUCUCAGGUCGCAAUGCGAAGAGCUACGCACCGCACAAGCCAAAGCCGAAGAGUCGAUGCAGCUUGGUCGGAUUGAGCGCGAGUCGAUUGGACAGCAGUUGCUCGAGGCAGGGCAGGCAGCCAGCUACCGCGAAAAGGAGGCGGCGCAGGCCGCUCUGCGCGUCGCAGAAGCUCAGGCCCGAGUGGAGGAUUUGCAGGCGCGCUUGCGCCUCGUCGAGACCCAGCUGAGCUCGGCACAGCAGCAGCAGCAGGCGACCAAUGCCGAGCUUUCUGCUUCCCGAGUCGAGCAACUUGGGCUGCAAGAGAGCCUCCAUGCCGAGUCGGUUCGAGGCAACCAGAUUACACAGAAGGUCGUCGCCGUGUCGAACGAUCACUCGAAGGCUCUCCGCCUGCUUGCGGAAGAAGGUGCGCUGCGUGCCGAUGUGGUGCGCCAGCUCGAAGCGGCCCUUGCCUCCAACCUACAGCUUGCCCAGUCAGUUGCCACGCAGGAGGCUGCAUGCUCGGCAAGCGAGGGCGCUCGAGUCCAGGCAGUGCAACGCAUGCAUGCCGUGCUCGAGCAACAAACGCACCUCGAGCAAGAGCGCGGCCAAACACGGCUGGAUGCGCUGAGCGUGGUUCAAGAGCACGCAGCACGGCAAGAGUCUGCGCUGGCCGAUCAAGCGCGGCAGAUUCAGUCCUUGCAGGCGCAGCUGGAGCAGUCUCAGCAGUCGCACGCAGACACGCUUGCCAGCCAGGCGGCUCAGCACGCAGCAGCUCUGCAAGCCACGCAACAACUGGGCAAUGCAGCUCAGCGCGAGGUAGAGUACUGGCAUUCCAUGCACGACGCCCUUCAGCAGCAUGUGCACUUGCAGCAGCAGCAGCAGCAUUAUCAGCAGCAGCAACAGGAGCGAGACUUGCUCAAAAACAACUUUGCCAUUUCCGCAGAUGCCGAGGCAGCCAUUGCUGGACUCUCAAACGCCCUUUCUGCCGUUAGCGCACCACCUUCCGAGCGAGGUGCUUCCAGCCACUCCUCUGUCGAUAGCACUGGUGUGGUUGCGCAGUCCAAGAUCAAAAUGAGCGCCAUUUCGCAGAGCUUGCAGGCCCGCCGUGCGCACCGAUCUGCGACCAUCACCUCUCCAUGAAAAUUGUAAUUGUUUGUCGAUUUUCCACAUCGUCUAUAUUAAUAAUACUGAACAAGAAUAUGAAGAGA